AUGGCAAAGGGACAGCCUCGGCAGAGGGAGCAGGCAUGGACACCCGGGCAGAGCAGAACGGAGUCAAAAACAAAACUAAGGCUCACGAAGUGUGGCAAGGUCACCCUGGGCAUUGUAAUGAUGAUGAUUGCUGCAAUAAUCAUUGGGCUCAUUGUCCAUUUUGUGGCCUGUGGUAAGACACCCUUCUACUAUCACAUCAGCUUCAAGGUGAACAACAUUGACUAUGACAGCCAGUUUGCAAAACCAUAUUCUCAAGAAUAUAUAAACCUAAAUAAAAAGAUAGUAUCUUUGAUAAAUGAAACAUUUCAAGGAUCCAACCUAAGAAGACAGUAUGUCACAUCCCACGUUGUCCAAGUAAGCCAAGCCAAAGGGAAAGUAGUAAUACAUGUUGUGAUGAAGUUUAAAUCCUGCUAUAAAAAUAAUACAGCAAAAUUUUGGGACAGAAUUGAAGCCAUUUUAUACCAGAAGCUAAAUGGUCAAACUGGGGCAUUAUUUAUAGACACUUCCUCAUUUAAAUUUUCAGAUAUUGAAAUGCCAAUGGCAGAAAACCUCCUACACAUGUGUUGUGGACGACGUACAAUUACACCCUCUGGCAGCAAGAUCGUAGGAGGUCAGAAUGCCAAGGAAGGAGAGUGGCCCUGGCAGGCCAGCCUUCAACAGCACAGCGUCCACCGCUGCGGCGCCACUCUGAUCAGUAACAACUGGCUCGUCAGUGCCGCUCACUGCUUCAUAGAGUCUCAAGAUCCCAAAGACUGGAAUGUGAGCUUUGGACUUCUUCUAAGUAAUCCACAAAAGCAACGAGGUAUCAAGAACAUUAUAGUCCAUGAAAACUACAGUUACCCGGCACACGAUAAUGACAUCGCUGUGGUCCAUCUAGCUUCACCAGUGUUGUACUCAAGUAGCAUCAGAAAAGUAUGUCUUCCUGAAGUGACUCAUAAGCUCCCACCCAGGUCAAAUGCGGUAGUCACUGGAUGGGGAACACUAAAGUCUGAUGGAAAUAUUCCUAAUAUACUCCAGAAAGGGUCGGUGAGGAUUAUAGAUAACAAGACCUGCAACAGUAGCAAGGCGUACGGUGGCGUCAUCACCCCGGGGAUGCUGUGCGCCGGAUUCCUCAAGGGCCGUGUGGACGCGUGCCAGGGUGACUCUGGAGGACCACUUGUUAGUGAAGAUUCUCGGGGCAUCUGGUUCCUCGUCGGAAUUGUAAGCUGGGGAGAUGAGUGUGCCCUUCCCAACAAGCCUGGUGUCUACGCUCGAGUGACGCACUAUCGGGACUGGGUCAUGUCCAAAACUGGCCUCUAG